ACCAUGAACAGUGAACACAAACAAAAGCAGAAAGCGGUACAGGUAGCCUAGCUGUUCAUGGAGAAAAAUGAACUGAAGAAAGUUUGUUUGCAAAGGUACGAUAUUAUCUUCCGGGUUUUAAAAGUUUUCCAACUUUGUUACUAGGAACCAAUUUGUGUUUGGUUUUGGUGAAGUGGGAAGUUGAGAAUGUCUGGAGAGGCAGGAUUAAGGCAUAAGCUGAAUAAGAAACUAAAGACUGCCAUAGGGAAACCUAAGAAGUACAGUUACAGGGAAGGAAUUAGAUGCAGUGUUGGAAAGGGUGGUGUUAUUGGAGGAAAGAGCAGCUCCAGUACGGGCUUUAAGAGCAGAAAGCGUAGUACUAAUAAUAGAUAUGGAGUUGCAGAAGGGAGUGAUGAUGGGGAGGUUGAUUCUGAGGAAAAGCAGACUAAAGCUGUAAAUAUUGAUAGGAGAAGGAAGCGAGUUGAUGCUGAGCAAUUAAUGUCGUAUAAGAAUAUAGAGGCAACCAGUAGGAAGGCUUCAUCUAAGAAGCAGCAGAAGAUGGUCAAUGGCGACUUAAGCAAAGGGAGAAAAGGCAAUGACAAAGCAAUUCGCUCAAUCUGGGUUUCUCGCACACUAGAGGAUGCUACUUCUACUAGAAAAGCUACUUCUCGUAAUCCUAAGAAUGUAGGCAGAAGUGCAAAAGAGGUAGAUGAAACGGAUAGUGCUUCAAAUGAUUCAUCGAAUAAACAUGCCAAACCCAAAGCCAACUCAAGUAAGCGUUUGGAUCACAGCUCCAAUGCUUCUGCUUUAACUUCUGCUAAGAAAAUAGUUCGGGAUAAAAAAAGCUUAAAUAAUGAUUCAGAAGUUCUUGAUGAUCAGCCAAAGAAAAAAAAGCGGGUAAUUCGGUUAGAUCCUUAUGAUAUCUCAAACAAGCGGCUAGAUGAUGGCAUUGCUAUUGAUGAAAGUACAAAAGAGAAGAAAAAGGAUUUGGAGGAAAAUGCUGCCAUGUCAAGAAAUGCACAAUUCCGUGCAAUACAGCCCAGCCCCUCCAUCCUUUCCUUUGUGGAAGAUAAUUUGUUAGGCCGUAGACGACCAAUUGAGAUCCAGAGAGCGGGCUACAACACUGAGCUUUCGGCCCCAUUAGAUAAUAUCCCUUUUUCUACCAAUCCUGAAAGGGAACGCAUCGAGGAAAAUAUAUUUAGGAACAAGUUGCAGUUUUUUGCUGCUGCAAAGGUUUCAUCAUCAUUUCCAGCUCCUGAUACUCCAGAGAUUGCAUUUGCAGGGAGGUCAAAUGUUGGGAAAUCAUCACUACUUAAUGCACUCACCAGACAAUGGGGUGUUGUACGGACAUCCGACAAACCAGGCCAUACUCAGACUAUUAAUUUCUUCAAGUUGGGAUCAAAGCUCUGCCUGGUUGAUUUGCCUGGCUAUGGCUUUGCCUAUGCAAAGGAAGAAGUUAAGGAGGCAUGGGAGGAGCUUGUGAAGGAGUAUGUUUCGACAAGAGUUGGUCUAAAACGAGUAUGCCUUCUCAUUGAUACAAAAUGGGGCAUGAAGCCUAGAGAUAAUGAACUCAUUGAUUUAAUGGAAAGAUCUCAAACAAAAUACCAGAUUGUCUUAACCAAGACAGAUACAAUGUUCCCAAUUGAUGUGGCACGUCGUGCAAUGCAAAUUGAAGAGAGCCUCAAGGCACAUAGAUCUGUAGUUCAACCUCUGAUGAUGGUUAGCUCAAAAUCUGGAGCUGGCAUCCGAAGUUUAAGAACUGUCCUAUCGAAGAUUGCACGGUUUGCCAAGCUCUAAUUCUAGCCAGGAAGUGUCCUACUGCAUAUUUAACUGUUUGACUUCGCACUGGCAGGAGGAAAAACUAAAAGGCAGAGGGUAAGACAGGAUUUGAUAGUACAUGACCUGUCGACCUGCCUUUGUCAUUGUCAGCUUGAAGUAUAUUCUAUCAGCAAAAGACGCUAAACAGGAGUUGAUGUUAUUGUAGACAGAGGUAUUGGUGGCUUGUCGGUCAAUCUGUAGCAUCAGAAGAAAUUAUUUAGUUAUUCUCUUUGAGGGAUGAGAUCUAUUCUAGCUAGGAUAAAGUUAUAGAUUAGAAGCUACCAGACGUUGGAAUGAACUUGUACUUCCAAAAGAAACUAAAAUGAAACUGAGGAUUCAAUUAAUUGUAUUGCCUUGGAAGGCGAAAACUUAUGGAAUUAUGUAGGGUAAAAUUGCUAUGGACUGAGAAUGCUUAACUAAAAA